AUGACCCUACAUAGCACCAUUCUGUCAGACGAGGAGAUUGAUCUCCAUGCCUAUCAAUCCCCUGUCCACACUCCAAUCUCAAAGGCCAUGAUCCACGACCUUUUUGCCCAAAACUGGUCUCCAAAUAGGAUCCCCACCGACGAGGAGCGCGUCAUACUUUGGCGUCUGAUCGAAGACGACACGCAGUCGAUAGCACGCAUGAACAAAGAGCUCGAGCGUCUAGCUCGCUGCGUGGAACGGCGCGCAGCAGCCGUUGAGAAUUAUUCGCGCGCAGAGGCUAUUGCUCGCGAACUUCGAAAGACGAUUCUUUCGAAAUAUAGCAGUCUCACUCUUGUCCAAGAUCGCCUCAUAGCAAUCGACCGUACUGCGCCCAGUGGGAGUAGCAAAGACGAGUCAUAUGACGCGUGUCUAAAGAUAAUGAAGACGCUAGAGAUCUCAAAGAAAGAGUGCGACUCUCAGCUACUGGCAUGCACUUCCGAGGUUGACGCCCUGAACGCUCAGAUAGAGGGCUAUUGUGUCGAGAGGGAAACGCAGAGGCGGCAUUUGGACACCCUGGAGGAAUCGGCAAGGGCUUUAUCAGGAUGGAUAACGCUUCGCGAGGAAGAUAUUGCGUUCAAGAAGGACAUCCUGAGUGUGCGGAGGUUAGUGCCGGUCGAGAUAUGGGGAGAAAUCUUCAGACUACGGCUAGUGGAAGACCAAGUACGCUUUCGACUCAGCCAACGAACCGGCAUACCUCCCUUCACCCCACUCACGCUCUCCGCCGUGUGCAGAUAUUGGCGCGCCAUCGUCGCUCAAUAUCCUGUACUAUGGCAAAAUAUCGCCGUUCCUCACCACGACAAAAUUAUGGAAUCGCAGAGGGAUCGCAUUCUGUACUACAGAGACCAUCUGGGCUAUCUACUCCCAAAGGUAUAUACCUAUCACCAUGACAUUGUUUCAGGAGUGUUCCCCAUCCCUCUCCUUCCUUUUCUGAAAAACGCUUUCGGACCCAAAUACGCCUCCCUUGAGAUCACCAAUUACACCUUCAGCCUUCUCCGUGGGCCCGAAUUUCCAAAUUUCCUCGACAAACUCCAAAUACAGACUACCCACCUCACUAUCCACUCUAAAAAAACGGCAGGACUAUGGCGAUUUGGGCGCACGAGCUUUGGAAAGAGGUUUGAGAUCCCUCUUCAUAUGCUCUCAGAAUUGCGAGAGGUAAAAGGGAUGGGGCUGGGCAUCGCACUUCCAUCGCCUCUACCCCCCAUUUACGCCCAACCAACGAUCAAUCUGUCGACCAUCGCGGUGAAAGAUACCGUAUGGAAGGCAACGGACAUUCAAGCUUGCUUUGCUGUAGCGAAAGGAAUAGAGCGAUUGGAGAUGACAGCCGUCACCAUUGAUCCGCGAAACGCUUCACAAAGGAUCAAUGUACCUUCCAUCCUCUUUCUCAAAUGCGACAUGAAAGAGUAUCCCACUCUCCAGACACUUAUCGAUACGCCCAACGUCGCGACUCUGGAGCUCGUCCUGGGAAAUACAUUUGAGCCCCUUAAUUGGCUCGACGAGAACAAAAUGCGACUCGUCUCGAAGAAUGUCAAGUCUUUGACGUUGGAAGGGUGGGACUUGUUCAAGGCGAGUUUGGAUGAGGACGCCAAGAUCUUGGAAGCUAUAUUACCAAAGUUUCCAGAGGUUUCGACCCUCACGCUCGUUCAACCCCGAAUAGGCGCCUGCUUAGAUGUUCUCGCGACAUACUCGACUCCACUUUCAGAGUUGAAAACGCUCCACCUGAUCAAUUGCAACAUGAAUGAUCUGCUAUUACUAUCGUUCCGUUCAAGGUAUAAUUUUCUACAUAAACGUCAUGUCGAGGUCAUUGUCACUUCCCGUCCGCCCUAUCUCCUUUCCGAUUCGUCGCUUUGUUGA